GAUGCGCUGCCUCUUCCCUGGCUAUCAUCUAACCCCUGGGCACACGGCCCCGUGCGCAGAGGUCAGGCAGCCACAAAACCGGGCUCCAAACAGACCCCUCUCUCGGCCGUGAGAGCCCGCCUGGGGCAGUACAUGGUUCCCCACCUGCCCUGAGGAAGGGGAAGGUAGAUAAAGGAUUUCUCUGUUGCUUGUGCAGCAUCUCUGAGUUAGCGAUGUUAUGCACAGGAGUCUGGUGAGAUGACGGCAGAAGGUCGUGGAGCUGAUGUGGCCUCCCUUGCAGUGCGAACCGGACCUUACCUUCCCCGUCGCUCCCCGUGCAUGGAGGCCGCUCUCGGCACUGGGGAGCCCUUCAGCGGACGUCCCUGCUUUGCUAAGGCUGGCUCAGCGCCCCGCUGUGGGAGCCCUGGCGGCUGGCCGUGCAGUGUCGAGCACCACGCCCUCAAAGCCUGCUCAGAGAGGCCUAGUUGCUGCGGUUCUCCCAGGCACCAGCCGUGGCUGGAUCUGUUGUGAAGAGUUUGUGUUUCUGUGGCGCUCGGCGCCCCACACCUGGUCGUCCUGGCCCAUCCCGUCUCCAUGGGCGGGAGAGGGUCCGUGGAGGGAUCCUCCCAUGGGUGAAGGGUUCUUUGACACAGCCCGUCUGCGUGUGGGGGAGUCGCAGAUGCCGGUAGGAGGCUGCCCUGUCGGCACCAGCCUGAAGUGGUCUUCGCAUUGGUCCUGUGCCACAGGCCACUUGGACCCAGUUUUGUUCCUCUUGCUCCGUUUCUGGCCAAGCUCUGCGGCUUGUUUCCACGUCUCUGAUGCAGCAGCUUCCACCCCGGCGCGUGGCGCUGGGUGGGCUUGGCUUUGGCUUGUUUCGACUGAGCGCGAGCCCUGAGGGGUGCAGAAUUCCCCUUUCCACCCAGGCCCUGAGCACCUGGCCCCCGGCCCGGCACGCAGAGCCGUUUAUCAGGAACUGCCCGGAGGGGGAUUUAUUAGCGUGGCGGCGCGGCGGAAGCGCUGCUGAUGGCUUUUAUUAAUGACGAGGAAGUGGCAGUAAAGGAGCUGAGCUCCCGGGAGACAGCGUCACAAUCAGGCUGCCCUUCGCUGGUUUUUUGCAGUCCCAAACGCAAGCAAAAGAAGAAGCUUAAUCAUGUUACACAGAUGAUUGUGCCGGUAAUGUUCCAUGACGUGGACGUGCUGACAGAACAGCUGUUCCCAGUGGUUGAGGCCAUGCAGAAACACUUCAGCGCUGGGUCCGGGGCCUACUACAGCGACUCCAUCUUCUUCCUGUCCGUGGCCAUGCACCGCAUCAUGCCCACAGAGGUAGAACGGAUAAUCCAGCUGGACUUGGACCUGAAGUACGAGACCAACAUCCGAGAGCUGUUUGAGGAGUUUGACCAUUUCCUGCAAGGAGCCGUCAUUGGGAUAGCCAGAGAGAUGCAGCCUGUCUACAGGCACACGUUCUGGCAGUUCCGCCGUGAGAACCCCCAGACCAAGGUGGGUGAACCCCCUCCUGACGGACUGCCUGGCUUUAACAGCGGGGUCAUGCUGCUGGACCUGGAAGCCAUGCGCCAGUCCCAGCUCUACAACCAGCUGCUGGAGCCAGACAUGGUGCGGCAGCUCACGGAGAAGUACCACUUCAAGGGCCACCUGGGGGACCAGGACUUCUUCACCAUGAUUGGCAUGGAGCACCCCGAGCUGUUCCACGUGCUGGACUGCACCUGGAACCGGCAGCUCUGCUCCUGGUGGAGGGAGCACGGGUACAGCGACGUGUUUGAUCAGUACUUCAGGUGCGAGGGCCAAGUCAGAAUCUACCAUGGGAACUGCAACACGCCGAUCCCCGAGGACUAGGCCGCUCGUCGCUGUCUGCCGGGGGCACUCUGCCUUUUCGGGGGUGGGAGAAGCAGCUAGUGAAGUGUGUGCACCAAUGCCCCGUGCAAAGGUGUGUCCACCCCAUUGUGCGCUAGGCUUCCGCGCCACACUCCAGCUGUUCCAGGAACAUUCCCACGCACCUCACCUCAGGGAGGAAGUGCAGUCUAGUGGUUAAACCAGGGCACCAGGGUUCUGCUCCCAACUCAGACACUGACAUGGCUACAUGAGCUGGGCAAGGCAUGUCGCUCCUCCAUGCCACAGUCUCCCUACCUGUAAAAUGGGGCUAAUAAUAUUUACCCUCCUCCCACUAUGAGGCUGAAUGAGUUCGAGCGGCGAAAGCCCCUGUGUACAUGCAAAGUAUGCCGAUUCAGUGCAACGGCACAUAACACUGCCUGCCCUCGCGCCCUGGGUGCGUCGCCCUGUGGGAUAGGGACAGCGCCUCAUUUGAUACUGACCGUGUCAAUGUUUGCACGGUGUUCAUGAGCCUUGCAUUGUUAUUUGCUGUACCUACGUAAGGGACCAUCACUCGGUGACCUAUUUCUGUGUCCAAUGCAGGGCGAGGAGACGCCGUCUCCAGCCUGGCCUCAUUUAGAAUAAAAGCCAAACGAGACUUUGUAAAGUCUGAUUUGUGCUGAUGAAAUUACAAAGCUGCAUUAACACUGGGUUACUCCUGGACCAAAAUUGAAUCCAAAUGAGCUUUAAAGCCUUCUCUUGGUUCUUCCUAGUGCUAAAAGCUUUUCUGCUGUUCUCAUCUUAGAACCACACAGAGUGUGGACUAGUGUGUUCUUUUUUACUAGCUCUUCAGUUAACCUUUUGUGCUAGAAUAAAGGUGCAAAUGUAAAAUACUCUGUGUCCAUUUUCCACAGUACAACUGAUGCCAAGGGUGAAAAGGUUUGAUAAGGGUCUGGUUCCUUCUUACGGUGAUUAAAAAGUAGCUGACAUGCGGCUGUUGGGUAAAUGAAAAAAUGGUGUCCUACGUACCAUCGCCACUCUGUUUAACCGCCCGAGAGUCCUGAGUCAGGUCUAUAAUAAAAUGUAUUCAUGGCAGUUGUUA